CUCAGCUCAUCAUUCCCUCCCCUGUUCCAUCAUACCUCACACCCCGCUGCGAGCACAUGCUCACAGUCACACGCCCCUAACCAAACGCACGUCAACUCCCUCGCACCAUCGUCGUGCUGCUCGCAGCCAGCCAGCCAAGCGAGCAAAGUGUGCAUAUCCUACCAGCACCCCCAGGCACAGCUCGAGUCCAUCCACCCCUCUUUACCCAGUCGGGUCGACCAGUGGUCCUCCUUCCCUUUUUCCCCUCGCUCCACUGCGUCGAGCUUGCGUCGCAUCGACGACCGGCAGCGCACUGCAGGCGAACAAACGAACACGAGGGCCGUGCUCGCGCGACGCCCACCUCAUUUUGAAAGUAACAUCGCCAUCGACGAUCGCACUGCAUACGCAAGACAAGCGAUGGCAGGCACUUCCCCUCCAUCAGCAGCGGCUGCGCCGGGCACACUGCCACCAUCGGAAAGCAACUCGGAAGCGCGAUUCGUGAGUACACAAUGCAACCCCCCUCCCCUUGGCCUCCCUCUCCCCGAUGGCCCCAGGUAACUCACGCCAACGCGAUGCCGUCCUCCACGCCCUCUGCUCCCUCUGCCCCGCAGCGGUACCACCUCGCGACCGAGCUGCGCCGCAUGGGCGUUGAGCCCGAUGCGGCCAUGCUUGACAAGUAUGUCAAGAGCCAUUACGAGAAGUUUGUCGGCGGCGGUGGCAGCAGUAGCAGCGCCGCUGUUCGUUCACCCGCUUCGGCGUCGAGCAGCAGCGCGGAGCACGCUGACGACCUGCCAAUGGCCGACGGCGAUGACGAAGACGGUGAAAGCGAGCACUCGCACGAGGCACGCACGCCGCCUCCGCCGGCUUCUGCGCUUUUUUCCAGCACCAACGCUGCAACAGCGACAGCAUCGCCGGCCGCAGACGCUGCUCAGCCACAGCAACAGCCUGUCGCCGCGAACACCUUUGACGACUUCUUCCACUUCGACGAGGAUCCUGCCGAGCUGGGCUUCAAGGCUCAUCAGCAGUCGCAACAGCAGCCCUUGGUAGCAGCCUCAGUGGCCUUCUCUUCUGCGUCGUUCUACCUGGAGCCGCCGCCAUAUGCGCUCACAACAGCAGCCGCCACGCCCGGCGCGGAAUCGAGCGAGCAAGAUGCAGUAGGAGGACUGGCCGCCGCAGCAGCGGACGAGGCAGACAUGAGCACCUUUGUGUUUGACAGUACCUUUGACACCAGCGCCUCCUUUGCCGGCUUUGACACGUCGGCGCUUUCCUUUGAGUCUGCUUCCACAUCCGCGUCCAUAUGCGCGUCUGGGAACUUUGCAGCCGAGGAGGACAGCAUCAUGCACGACGCCGACCCCGUCACCCUCGCCGCCAUCCCGCCGUUCAGCUGCGCCGCGCUCGCCGCGCCGCCAGCACCACCGGCGCCCAGCGUCGACCCAAGCCUUGUGACGCUCUCGGCGGCGGGUGAAAAAGCGCAGCAAGGGGAAGAAGAGGAGGCAGACGAGGAUGAGAUCACUUUCGAGCCUCACGCUGCGUCUUCCUCGGCGGUGCCGGAGGUCGGUGCCGACAUCGUACCCACCGCCACAGCCCAAGCAGCACUGGCUCCUGCUGGAGAAGAUGGCGAGGAGGAGGACGCGACGACGACCCCAUCGCACGCACAAGCGCAGCAACAGAAGCGCAGCGGCUCGGCCGGCGCCAAGACCGUAGCACCCCCGCAGAUCAAGCGCGAGGCAUCUGCCCGCGACGGCGACGCGGAGCUCGACGCGCUCCUCUCGGGCGAAAGCGCGUCGCUACCAGCGGGGAUCCCGGCGUCGAUGCGUUUCGUCGCGUCGGACUUGCGCCCGACGCCCGAAGAGUACAAGCGGCUCUCGUCCAAGGAGAAGCGGCAGCUGCGCAACAAGAUCAGCGCGCGCAACUUUCGUAACCGCCGAAAAGAGUACAUCACGCAGCUCGAGGAGCAGUUGCACGACAGGGAGGAUCAGCUUGCGCGCCUCGAGGCCGCCAUGCACCGCGUCACGCAAGAGAACGACGGGCUCCGCGCGCAGGUGCUCGCGCUCAAGAGUCGCCAGCAGCAACCACAACAACCGCAGCAGCCGGCGCUCGGCGGGCGCGUGCCCAUUCUCAGCACUGUCGACGUCAACAAGAUCAUUGAGCUGCUGCAGCGCAAUGCAGCGACCACGGCAGCUGCUGCUGUCUCCGCCGAUGGUGGAGAUCAACAGAUCUCCCCCAACGUCCCUGUUGCUCCUCUGGCGUCUUCCAGGCCGGACACGCUGACGACGACAACUGCCGCCGUCAGCGCCAACUCGCCGCGCCUCGCAGCCGCUUCUACUGCGCGCGUCGCCGUCCUGCGCCGCGCUUCGAACAACGGCAGCGCUGCAGCCGCAGCGGCUGUCGCAGCUCCUGCCAGCUCCCCUGCGCCUGCACCUGCGUCUGCCUCUACGAGCGCGUGUGCACACGCCCCCGCCAGCGUCAGCGCAGGCGGCGAGCCAACGGUGAACACCAGGAAGGAUCUCGGCGUUCCCACGAGCGGCGCCGGCGCGGCGUCCACGUCGUCCUUCUGGGGAGGCAGCGGCGGCCGCGGCGGCUACACGAGCGUACACACCACAUUGCUGCCGCCGCUGCGCCUCGCAACCGUGCUCACGCCCGCACAGAUGCUAAUGCAGAUGCAGAUGCCUUUUGCCCCUCCCGCGUACGGCCCCGGCCUCAGCGCUGGCACCGACAAGGCGUGCGAGCGCGACGCAGCCGGUUUGCUGGCGCACAUCACAGAGCUGUAUGUCAGUCGCUGCGCUGCGUCCAAGAACGGCAAAGAGCAGUGCCUCGGUGCCGCGCUGGGCGAUAGCAGCAAUACAAGUAUUAGCAAGCAGUGCGUCGAAGAUGAUGAGCUGCCGAGCUACGCGCAGGCGCUCGCGCAGCCGCCUGCGUUUACUGCCGUCACCACCGUGCUGGACGCUGCGACUGUAGCGACAGCAGCGGCGGCGGCAGCAGCUGCUUCCUUGCGCACCGUGGACCAGGCGCCCUUCGUCCCCGCCGCGCGGGCAUUCGAGCCGGCCGACGCAAAGUUGAUCGAGCUCCUCUGCUAAUGCAGGGCGGUCCAGCAGCCGUGCCUUUCAACCAUGGACGUUCAGCCGCCCUUUUUCCUUCUCACCCACACGUAUGCCAUCAUCACCAUCACUGCUGAUCGCAUUCUCGCGCAAUACAUCCUGACCGUCAUACUUCUGCCCACACGUCUCACUUGGCGUGUCGUCGCCAUUCCGCAUCUCGGGCAAACAGGCAUCCAAGAACAGAGCAUAACAGAAUCAAGCAAAUGUCUCCCGCAUAGUUAUAUUACCGUACAAUAGCGUCCACGAACACCACUAACAGCGCUGCUGUACACUAGGGAAAGAAUCGGAGUC